GUCUAACUUCCGCAAACAAACGUCUGAUUUUCGUUCUUACUUCAGGAUAAUUUACCAUCAUUUCCUGUCCAUGGAAUGUCCGUCAAAAGAUCUAAGGGACAUCACAUAUCUCUUUAGAGGACUUGAUCUUUAGAGGGCUUGCACAAGAUCUACACAAUGUCUUUCCAAGUGAAUCAACCACCCUCUGUGGUGGCCAAGGUGGCCAAAUCAGAAGAGGUGGACACGGGGGGUGGGAAGAAGCAGUCACGAGAAGACUGGAAGAAGAUGAAGGAGUUAGAGGAGGCAAGGAAGGCAGGUACUGCCCCAGCCAUGCAAGAUGAGGAGGGAAAAGAUAUCAACCCCCAUAUACCUCAGUACAUCAUGCAGGCUCCGUGGUACUUUGGAGCUUCAGCCCCUACUCUCCGCCAUCAGCGACAGCAAGCAGAAAACCUCAAGACAUUCACACAGAUGGGGGAAUGGUACAAGAGAGGUGUGAGGGAGGGUCAAAUUGCUACAAAAUACAGAAAGGGUGCCUGUGAAAACUGUGGGUCAUUAACACACAAGAAAAAGGACUGUGUGGAGCGGCCCAGGAAAGUCGGUGCUAAAUACACAGGUGAAAACAUUGCCCCCGAUGAGUUUCUUCAGCCUAAGUUGGACUUUGAUUUUGAUGGAAAAAGGGAUAGAUGGAACGGAUAUGAUCCAGAGCAACAUCAAAAAAUUAUUGAGGACUAUGCCAAAAUUGAGGAGGCUAAGCAGGUACUUAAAGCCCAGAAACUUGAAGAAUCCUUCACAGGAGAAACGGACAAAGUAGAAGAGAAGCAGACGGGUAAGGACAGUGAUGAUGAAGAUAAAUAUGCAGAAGAUGCUGACAUGCCGGGUCAGAAGUUUGAGACCAAACAGAGAAUUACGGUGCGAAAUUUGAGGAUCCGAGAAGAUACUGCCAAGUACUUGUACAACUUGGACUUGAACUCAGCUUACUAUGACCCAAAGACACGAUCAAUGAGAGAGAAUCCCUUCAGGAAUUCAGGGCAGCCUGACAAAGAAUUGGAGUAUGCUGGAGAUAAUUUUGUUCGAUCUUCAGGAGAUGCAAAUAAUUUUGCUUUGAGGCAGUUGUUUGCCUGGGAGGCGUACGAGCGAGGGACAGACAUCCAGUUACAGGCUGACCCCACCAAAACUGAGUUGCUCUAUCAGGAGGUGGAGGACAGGAAAACGACCCAGAAAACCAGUCAGAAGAUGGGAAUCCUGGACAAGUAUGGGGGACAGGAACAUCUGGAGGCCCCUCCCAAGGAACUGCUGUUAUCCCAAACAGAAGAUUAUGUGGAGUAUUCAAGACAUGGUACACUUUUGAAAGGCCAGGAAAAGCCAGUGAUUCGCUCCAAAUAUGAAGAGGAUACCUACAUCAACAACCACACAACUGUGUGGGGGUCCUACUGGAAGGAUGGGGUCUGGGGAUACAAGUGUUGUUACUCCUGUGUGAAGGAGUCCUAUUGUACAGGAGAGGCCGGCAAGGAAGCUGCUGAGGCAGGUGUGUUAGCUAUUAUGAGAGGAUCGGGCAGGGAGGAAGAUGCUGGGGAGGAGGAACCUGUCAAGUCACUGGUUGAGCAACAUAAAGAGAAGCUGGAAAAAAAGAAGAAGAAAAAGAAGAAGCACAAGAAAAAGCACAGGAAGUCUGACAGUGAUAGUGAUUCUGAGGAUGAAGAUGCGAAGAAGAAAAAGAAGAUGAAAGAGGCUUUGCGCAAAGAAGUAGAAAGUCAGAGACAAGCAGAUGAACUGUUGGCAAUAGAUGAGAGAAAGCGGCCAUAUAACAGCAUGUUUGAGGCCAAGGCUCCUACAGAAGAGGAAAUGGAGGCUUUCAGGAUGAAGAGGUUGAGGACAGAGGACCCCAUGUCUCAUUUCUGAGGACAGAAGACCCCAUGGCUCAUUGCUAAGGACAGAAAACCCCAUGGCUCAUUUCUGAGGACAUGGCCUUGUGUCCUUUUACGGUUACUAAUUACAGUCAGUCAGUACAUUAUUUCUACAGCCUUGAUUUGUCUGCUGUCAUGCCUUUUGACAACAUGCAUUAUGACUACACUACAGCAGUGACUACUCUGAUGCUACAGCCAGCCAGUGACUACUCCAAUGCUACAGCCAUUGACUACUGUGAUCCCACAGCCAGUUGUCGUAGAAUAGAGCUGUUGAUUUCUUAUUUGAUGACAAGUCUUAUAAUAAUGUAUGGUUUGAUGUUACAUCUAGUCCUGUUUCUCAUGCUGUAGCUAGCGACUGGUCUUGGUGACCUGUCUGAGGUCAAUACACUGAAGAUACAGAUAUUGGUCUUUCUGAUGUUACAUUUACAAGCACACAUAUCGACUCAUUCACGUGAAACAGUGUGAAUUCCUUUGAAGUAUCUACAUGUACAUACUGGGUAAUUUAGAACAUUAAGCUGCCAUUUACUAUGGUAUAACUUGAUGGCUAUGUUGAUGUCACGCAGACACCUCGACAUGCUAAAAGAACAUAAAAUGUAUGGUAAUUGCAGCUCAAGUGCUGAACGCAAUAUUUAAAUAAGGGGCAUUCAUCAGUGGUGUGGACAACAAGCCCACUGUGUGGAAGUAAUUGGAGGUUGUUCGAAAAAUUGCAGUUUUGGAACACUCAUUGUGAGGAGUGUGGAAGUGUGGCUGAAAAUUACUUUGGUUGAAACCUGGAUAGGAGAAUGUAGAAGUGGAUGUAAAGUGGAACCGUAAUAGACCAGAAUCUGUAUAGAUCGUCCUGUCACCAGUGUGAGCGGUUUUCUGAGGAAAUAUUAGCACAUUACAGCAUCCUGUAAAUAUUUGGUCUGUACACUCCACUUGUCAAGUUGAAAUCUGAUUGUUUGCAAACCAUUAUGGUAACAAUUGUCGAACCUACAACCAGAACCAAACCUAUGCUGUGGACAAGAAUUAGGAGGGCUUGUCAGGUGAGAAGGCUGACUGCGUAAAGCUCUGUCUAUAUGAAACAUCGAAGGUAAGAUACAAUGUAUAUACAUUUCCAGAACAUGUUAUCAGCAUAAGAAAUCACCUUGAUCAAUUGUUGUCUAUCUGGAAUUUUCUGUAGUUGUAACUAGUUUAGGCAAACUGCACGACAUUUGUGUACAAAGUAGAUGGAUUGCCGACGUUUGUGUUUCUUGUGAUAAAGUGAUAAAAUGAUUUAUACAGAUGUAAAUAAGUUGUAAAUAAACUUUUAUGAAUAUAAAGUAACUUC